ACUGUAACAUCUCUCUACUACUAUGAAACAUGGUGAAUGGAAAGAACCAUCUCAAUGGGUCUCAUCAUUAGUGUGUUGGUGCAAUCUUAAGAAAACUCCAUCCUUUAACUGAUCUGAAAUUUGGUCUGUUAUCUGUGGGAAGUCUCAGAAAGUGACCUUUUUGGUCCUUUAGACUGAAUGCAUUAAAGGCUAUGUCUUGACAAAGUGGGAGGAAAAACUUUGUUUAUGGCACCAGAAGAGGAAAAUUCACUGAGACACUCAACUGGUAAUGGAUUGCUGAUCAUCCAAUCAUUGUCAAUAAGGCAUAAAGGCCAGCGUGAAUGUUAAACUGGCAAGCAGGGGGAAUUUACUACUUUAGGUGGCAAAAUAGCCUCUGAGAUAAGUGGGAGUCCUCUGUUCCAGAAGACAUGGCCUGGGAGUCCAGGCAAUCCAUUCACAGACAAACCCACCCAAAGUUUGCUUGGGUAGCUUCUGCUUGACCGACACAGGAAAAGAGCAGUAUGGGCGUCUCAAGAGCCCUACACUGGGCUUUGUCUUUCUGUGUCUCAGUUCCAUUAUCUGCAAAACAGAGAUAAUGGCACUAAGAUUGUGAUAAGUAUUAUUAUGAUCAGUUUACAAGCACAGCACAAGCUAAUUAAUGCAGUUAAGUUUGGUAUAUGUAGCUCUCAGAGCCACAUAAUUCUUGAUAACAAACAGAUCCCUUUCACAGAAAAAGAGCCUGUCUCCAAGGAUGAUGCUAUCAGACUGCUGAAAAAUCACAAACUUUCAAAAAUGAGGACAACACCAGUAUAAUGGACACAGUGUGCUAAGGAAAGUAGGUCUUAGAACGAGCUAGCAGGAUUAUGUAGCUUGGGAAACCAAAACUGUGAUUUUGAUCAGCAGCUGCUAUUGAUGGAAGUGGAGAGGUUUUUAUUUGAUUUGAGAGGGCAGCACUACAGAUAUUGAAAGUUUAUUUCAUAGGAAUAAUGCAUGGAUCCCAACUCUUCAGAGGAUAGGAAUUAUGGUGAGCAUUUCAAGAACCUGAUUUUUACCAGUCCUUCAUGUGUGUGAUCCUAUCAUCACAAUCCCACAAAGCAGGUUUAUAACUCAGCUGGCUCAGACCAUGGGGUAGUCAGGAAGCUGGAGAAGGGCUUUGUAGCUCAGGUAGGGGUAGAGGUGCUACGAAGGUAGCAGGAGCACUCCAGGUUCCCAGGGCAAUAAAGACUGCAAAUCUGAGGAAAGACUUCUAGGCUUGGGAAUGUGAAUGGACAGAGGCACUUUCAAGCUAUAUGGCAAUCAAGUCCCAUAUUGUAAUUCAGAAUUCCUCCUUCUGAAAUUUUUCUCAGUUUGCACCUUCAUUUUUCUUUGCUUUGUUUUUUUAUUACUUAACUAUAUAUUUAUAAUAAGCAGCAGGCAUUUAGGGUCAGUUUCUCAGAAAUCAAUGGAACCACCACUGAGGGACACCAGAGGAUAAACUUGCCUUGGGUAUAUUUUUAAUGCACCAUAGUCCUGUUUUUGUCAGCUUUUCCGUAACAGAGCGUGCAGGCUGGGUGAGCAGCAUUAUUUAUGGCCAAUACACAUGGUUGAGAAUCAAGUAGAAGAUCAGACAGGUAAUGCAGACUCUUUUAAAGUUGUGGUGACAUAAUCCAAUGCAAGCAGAGAAACAUCAUAUAUCUGCAACCUUUCCAGCACUAGUGGGAUAAUGCCCAGAAAAGAGAGCAUUACUGGAGCAAGAAGAGCAAUGGUCACUGUGUCAGAGCCAGCUGUCAACCCGAGAAGAUUAAGCUGAUGAAUGACACAAAAAGUCCAUUCUUACUUCUUUCUCACCUUACUCUUAAAAUCCUCUCCCACACUGAGGUAAGAUUUCUGCCCCACAGUGCCAGGAGAUCAAGACCUGUUGUUAAGAUAACAAGAACUAAAAGGCUUACAAGGUGUUAUACAGGACAAUAUGGUUGAGAUCCAAAACAGCACUUAACCAGAAAUGAUUUAGGCCACAUUCAGGUGAUUACAGAAUGCUAUUCCCCAAUAACAUUGUUCCACUACAGAACACUUAAUCCAUGUGUUCUCAACAGAAAAUUCCUGCAGUUCUGCUCUGGCGCAGGCCAGGUGGGACAGCAGCUCUGAAUACAGCCGAGCUCAGCAGCCACAGCCACACAUUCUUCAAAGAACAGCUGGAGGAGACAGGUCUGGUGGUCAGAGCCCUUGCCCAGGACUAUGGGAGACCAGAUGCAAUUCUCCUCGCUUGCAUGGUUCAAAGCUAUCUUUCCCCUAGAAGUGCUCCAACUUCUACCUGGAAGCUUGCCUUGGGCACCCAGUGAGGAAUUUGAGGGCCCUGUGCCGACUAGAGCAGGCUCAGGCAUGUGUGGCACAGAGUGUGAAGGGCUGCUUAGACUCAAGGCAAACAAAAAUUAAUGUCAAGCCAACCAGGGCAGUGUGUCUGGCUCAAUUCGGAUGCCCACACACAGACACCCAGUCUGUGCGUCCUUGAGUAUCCUGUCUGGCUUCCAGAUCCCACUCCAAAAGUAGUCCUAGAGGAGUCAUAGGAUAUCUUGGCCACCUUACAGCACCUGCUAACACAAUACACGACUCAUUUAGGCAAAUUAAUCAAGUGUCUGGCAAGUUGUGGCAGCCCAAGGACGACUGAGGUCUCACAUGACCAGUGUAAGUCAUCCGUUCUGGUCUCGCAAGACCUGUUUUACAUCUCUCAUGCAUUUAUUAAAUCAAGCACCAUGUCUUUAUUAAAUCAAGCCCCAUCCUUAUCCUGCAUAACUAGCUAGCUCCAAGACAGCCCAUAAAAAAUACACCAAAUAAAGCACUUACCCACACAAAGGCUUCAAGGAAACUCAGCUGGAAACCGAUGUUUUGUUCCAACAGUAGCAAACUCCAGGCAGAACUUUGCUGGAAAAGCUUCCAUAGAACAUUGCUCUAAAUAUGCUGGCAAAGAUAAACAGCAAUAAGAUCAGGCAUUCAGCUGAAUGUGAAAUAUUAUUAUUUACUUCAGCCACAAUUUUGUGUUCGGCAAGACUUGCUGUUGUAAAUACUUGUCUUGAACAGCAGAAGUGUCAAGGGAAUGCUUCUUUAGGUGAGAGUCUGUGCUCACCCACACCCUGGGAGUGCAUGUAACAACAGCAGCAAUGUCUCAUCAAGCCUAUGGCUCCAGGUGAUUGCUGAAAAAUUAUGAUUCAGUGUUGCGUAGUUACAGACAGACAGGUGAUGCAUGAGGAAGUUUAGAGCAGAACACUGUCUCUUCCAGUGGCCUGAACAUCUGUCUCUGAUUUUUAUGUGACUCUUCUACAAAGAUAGUUUCCUGUAAUUUCUCCUUCUUCUGAUACAUUUUGUGCAGCUACAGAAGAAUAUCAGCUACCCGAGGAUUUAGGCUGCAGAGUGUCUGUGGGUGCCAGAGGCUCUAUUACGUACCUGCAUGAUUCUAUAAUCUGCUAACUAGGUUAAAACAUUCACUGAAUAGAAUCAUUUAGAUUGGAAAAGACCUUUAAGAUCUUCAACUGUCCUAACACUGCCAAGUCCACCACUAAUCAGUCCCUUAGUGCCACAUCUACAUCCACCUCCAGGGGUGGUGACUCAGUCAUGUGCUGAAGUGAGUGACCAACCACGUGCCAUGAGUAACAAACUACUGGAAAGGUAUUUACUCUAUAAAAGGCAAAACAACCUUAAAUCUGUAAGGUAUUUAUGACUUGAGGCAAUAAGUCUACACAGUAAGCUUCAGGAAAAGUUUGAUUGUACCAACACAGCGCUGCAUUUUCAACAGGAUCCAUUAACUCAAAUCAGUCCCAAUAUAAAUGCAGUUGCUAUGCUUCCAGUCCCAGCAUGGAUGCCUCUAUGCCUGUGGGAUAAAUACAUUCCUCAUUUCAGACAAAACUGAGUAUGCCAGGUUUUGGGGUGUGGAAACACCAUCAUUAACACAUUUCUGCCUCUAGAUGAAUGUCACCAGAUCUCACUCCUGGAAUCAGGUUGCUGUCUCCAUUGAUCCUCAUUGUCCCAUCAAGUCCUUCCAUAUAUCUAAGGGACUCUGCAGGUUUACUGUUUUAUCCAAACCCAAUGAAAAUUAGAUGUCACAAUAUCCCUUGCAGAUUCAAACAGCAGAACCUCAUUUGCUUCGUGUAAGAACCAGACAGUAGAUACUCACACAGCUUUCCAUCACAAUGUGAGGAACAAGGCUGGAGAGACAAGCUGCCCUUGUAGGUGAAACUCUCAAUAAGGCCUUCAUUUGCUCUUUGUCGAAAUCUUUACAGAUACUUAGAUUGCUGAGAUUAUUCCAUGGGCUUGGAAAGAGUCAGGGAACUGCAACAAUCCUCAGUGGUCUGUUUUACAAGUUAAUGGCUUUCCUUUUUCUGUGUACGCAAUUACUGAGAGAAACCUAACCCUUCCCCAAGCCCUCACCUUUGAUCAGUGCAGGUAUCAAGUGCUGGUCGGCUUAGGUACAUUUUGUGCUUGUUUCUUAUGCAAAUGCAGACUACUAUACACCAGCUGGCACUUCUGCCAAAUUUGUUUCAUGGUUUUCAUUCUGUUUUCUACCUUUUGCCUAAAAGGACCAUUAUGUACAUGGAGAUUAGUUUUCUGUGAGAAGAUAGCAAGAGAUUUAUUUUCUUCUACAAAUUGUGGGAUAAGAUGCAUUUUGGAGUAAUUCCACUGAAACCUCCAGCAUUACACCAAUGCUAAUUUAAUUACAGUAUUUGCUAAAAAUCAUCAGUAAAAAGCUAAUCUGUGUUUCAAGAGCUUUGUUAAUGUUAUGGUGAGGUUAACCACUAUAGCUAAACAAGGUUAGCCAAAUAUCUUAUGCUCCAAAUCAGCUCUUUGGGGGCAGACCUGACAGACCAAGUCCAACCCCAGGGCUGAAACUGAUCCCUUGAGCUUGAAGAAUCAGCUUGUACAAGGUCAUGAGGGCUUUCUCAUGUCCAAAGUCACAGGCUUUCUCCUGCAAGCCUCCCCUUGUUACUGGGUUAUAUAUUCUUGAUAACAGUCUUGAUCAUAAUGUCUCACUAUAAACCCUGGCUCCUGGCUACAGACCAAAUACACACACACAGAGAAAGACAAAAAGGAGUUUACACAAUGUCUAUUCAGUUUGGCUUAGGAAAUCAAAAUUAGGCCUCAGUGCCUGCAGGAUUUGAGGUGAGGCUACAAAACAGACACCUGGAGUUAAAUUUUCCUUGUUUUAGUAUUUCUGAUGAGGAUAAUCCCUACUUAGGUAAUACCAAAUGAUUUAUGAGCUUUAGCCCUUGUUCAGUGGAUUAUUCUUUAAUUUGAUUAAAAUAACAACAAGCAAGGGAUUUUAUCCAUUGUCCAUCUUUAAGUAAUCUCAUUUAAAUCAGAAUGUGAUGGCUUGCAGGACUUGGUUCACAACAAUAGUGAGAGCAGCCCAUUAUUUGCUCUGUAUUGCAAUCCCUAUGAAGCUUCUAUCUAGAUUCAGACUUACUAUUUGAAACUAAGCAGAGAAAUGUACAGGCUUUACAACCUUUCUUUAGGGAUUUGGAUCAGUUUGCCAGAAGCAGAAGGCACCCUAAUUACAUCUUUGUAUCACUGCAGUUCACCUGCACACCAUCACUGCUGAGAGCCAGCAGCCCUCACAGGGCAUGGUGCACUCAUGGCUCUGCUGUGCUCAUGGCUUUCAGCUUGAAACUCUUCUUGUAGUGAGUGCUGUCCUCAAGGUGCACCCAUAAAUCUCACCCACAGGCAGUUUGUCUAGCAUUUUGGGUUAAUGACAGGGCCGCUGUGCUCCACUCUCCUCUUCCAAAAGCUCCAGACUAAUGACAACUAGUACAGCUUUAAUACCGUGUCUCUCCUAUAUGCCAAAAAUCCCUUGAGAGAAGGCAUAUCCACACCAAAGUCCUGCCAUGGAUGGGGAGAAUGAGGUUCUCCACAAGAGGAGAUACCAAAUCAUCUGUGAGCAGCCCCACGGGACUGGGUCCCACAAGCAAGGUCAGUGAGAUCCUCUGUGUUUUGUGACUCAAGACAGAUAUCAGAGCAGUUCAACAAUACAUGGAACUGGGUAGAUACACACAUGCCCAAAGUUGAGGCUGUGCCAGUUUAUACUGCAAGUGUUUACAGCCCACAUUCUUAUGCUGUAAUAGCAGUAGCAUACCCAAGUGCUUUUUUCCGUGUCUGUCACUAAAAGCUGAUACAAACAGGAUGUAAUGGGUCACCAGAAAAUCCUACCAGCUGACUAAGACUGUCAAAGGCAACCUCAUGACUGAUGGCCAUAUGGAAAGCAAAUUUAUUUCGGUGCAAUGGUAAAUUUUACACAACCUGUAGUGUAGUACUUAUAUUACAUAGUCUUACAUGCAUGUAGUAUUAUGUACUAUAAUUUUGUAGUAUUAUGUACUAUAAUUAUGUAAUAUAAUGCUUAGGUUUAUGGAAGAGCCUACCUAAACUCAGGUAACAUGCCUAUGAACUUUUAGAAAACGUAAGUAAAAAACCCAACCCCUAAGAUGGUAUAUGAUCUGUUGCCAUUACUUUUGUCCACUUACAGGGCACAGAAGUUUGACAUGGUCCACAAGCCAUUUAAGACAAGCAUCUAAUUCCUAUAAAUAAUUUUUAACUGAAUUCUAGAAGGCAGUUGUGGCUUCACCUCUGCAGAAAUUCUACAUUUUCCUAAUUAACUUGUAAAACAAAAACUUAGUACCUUCAGCAGGUUUCUCUUCAGUUGUUUUCAAGAUCUGUGAAAAAACCACCAUAGAAAGACUUUUUAAAAAUCAAAUUGCAGCAGCAGUACAGUCCCAUCUAGGGGAAGAGAACUGCUUUUCUAUAACUCUUUUUUUUUCUUCUCCCACACUGGACAAUACUGGCGGGUUGAGAUUUAACCAGAGAUGGGCUCCUUUUACAAGAUUGCUUAUAUAAAGCGAAGAUAAUGCCAGCUGGGUUCAUUUGAAAGAGGACAUCUUGGGAAGAGCCGACAGUGCAGCUAUUGGAAUAAGACCGGAAUGAAAAUCUGAAAUACUUAUCCCCUUCUUGUCCUGUAGAUCAUUGCAAGAAAUGCUGACCCUUACUCUAUAUCUGCUGGUCAUCUUGGCUCGAGCUCUUGGAGGGCCUUGCAGUCCAAAUAAAGCAGAUGUAAUUCUGGUAUACUGCUAUCCUAAAACCAUCAUUACCAGAAUUCCAGAGUGUCCUUAUGGAUGGGAAGUUAAUCAGCUGGCACUUGGAGGCAUUUGCUAUAAUGGGAUCCAUGAUUCGGGAUAUUACCAAUUCACAAUCCCAGACCUGUCACCUAAAAACAAAUCAUACUGUGGGACACAGUCAGAGUUCAAGAAUCCCGUUUAUCACUUCUACAACUCCAUCGUCUCCAAUGACUCCUCAGUAAUUGUGAAGAACCAGCCUGUGAAUUACUCGUUCACCUGCACAUACAAUGCCCACUACCUGGUGAACCAGGCUGCCUUUGACCAAAGGGUGGCCACUGUCCAUGUGAAGAACGGGAGCUCCGGCACAUUUGAAAGUCAGCUGUCCCUCAACUUCUACUCUAAUGCCAAGUUUUCAAGUAUAAAGGAAGCCCCUUUCGUCGUUGAAACAUCAGAAAUUGGCUCUGACAUAUUUGCUGGCGUGGAAGCUAAGGGCUUAAGUGACAGGUUCAAAGUUGUUCUCAACAACUGCUGGGCAACUCCCUCCUCAGAGUACUUCUACCAGAUCCACUGGCCUCUGAUCACCAAGGGGUGUGCCGCAGACUACUCCAUCAUCGUGCACGAGAACGGGAAAACAAACCGGGCGACGUUCCAGUUCAAUGCCUUCCGCUUCCAGAACAUCCCCAAGCUGUCCAAGGUGUGGCUGCACUGCGAGACACACGUCUGCGACAGUGAGAAGUUCUCCUGCCCAGUGAUAUGUGAUAGACGAAAACAGCGCAUGGAACAAACCGGAGGUGUUUUAGUGGCAGAGAUCUCUGUGCGCAGCAAAGGUUUAUCCAGAUUUUACACACUCUCAGAUAUCAUCUUCCACCUACUCUUUGUGAUUGGAUUUUGUGCUGUUUUAUUAUAAAAUGCAGCCAAACUGUGUUUCUCAACUUCCCCCAAUCCUGUUUGGACCUGGACUUCUUUACUAAAGAUGUUUAUUUUACAGAGGAAAAAUGAAAGCCACAAAAAAUACUUGUGCACCAUUUUACCUGAGAAAUAAAACAUUCCAUGAGC